AUGCUUAAACGCACCGGAUCUUUGCUGCUUCGGUGCAGGGCAUCACGCGCCCCGGUUAUCGGUCGGCCCUUGAUCGCAGUCUCGACCUCAUCUGCUCCCCGGUCUUUGCCUCGCUCUCGUCCCUUUCUCACUACCUCCCGUCUCCGGAACGCUGAAGCCUCUUCCUCCGCAACAACCCAAACCCCGGUCUCGCCUUCGACCCGGCCUUCGCCCGAUGCCGCUCCCCGCGUACCCCAGACUCUUACCGAGAAGAUUGUACAAGCAUACUCUCUGGGCCUGAAGGAUGGUCAAUAUGUCAAGGCCGGCGACUACGUGAUGCUGAGCCCCCAUCGUUGCAUGACGCACGACAACUCAUGGCCUACCGCACUUAAAUUCAUGGCCAUUGGCGCCUCUAAGAUCCAUAACCCCGACCAGAUUGUCAUGACCCUCGACCACGAUGUCCAGAACAAGAGCGAGAAAAACCUCAAGAAGUAUGAACAGAUCGAGCAGUUUGCCGACAAGCAUGGGGUGGACUUCUACCCCGCCGGUCACGGUGUUGGUCACCAGAUCAUGAUUGAGGAGGGUUAUGCCUUCCCUGGCACGGUUACCGUGGCCAGUGACAGUCACUCCAACAUGUACGGUGGUGUGGGAUGUCUGGGGACCCCCAUGGUCCGCACCGAUGCCGCCACCAUCUGGGCUACCGGCCGUACCUGGUGGAAGGUUCCCCCCAUCGCCAAGGUUCAGUUCACCGGCACCCUGCCUGAGGGUGUCACUGGUAAGGACGUCAUCGUUGCUCUGUCGGGUCUCUUCAACAAGGACGAGGUGCUCAACUACGCCAUUGAGUUCACUGGCUCAGAGGAGACCAUGAAGAGUCUCUCGGUCGACACUCGUCUGACCAUUGCCAACAUGACUACCGAGUGGGGUGCGUUGACUGGUCUGUUCCCCAUCGAUUCGACUCUGGAACAAUGGCUACGCAACAAGGCCACCACGGCAAGCCGCUCGGAGACCGCGCGACGAUUUGCCGAGGAGCGCAUCAACGAAUUGUUCGCUAACCCCACCGUUGCGGACCGGGGCGCCAAGUAUGCCAAGUAUCUGUACCUGGAUCUGUCAACCCUCUCCCCUUACGUUUCGGGACCCAACUCGGUCAAGGUUGCCACUCCCGUCGACGAAUUAGCGCAGCAGAAGUUGAAGGUCAACAAGGCCUACCUGGUUUCUUGCACCAACUCGAGAGCGUCGGAUAUUGCGGCCGCGGCCAAGGUGUUCAAGGACGCUGCGGCGAGGACCGGUGGUCCAGUGAAGAUUGCCGAGGGUGUCGAGUUCUACGUUGCCGCGGCCUCCAAGGCUGAGCAGAAGAUUGCAGUGCAGGCUGGCGACUGGCAGGCGCUGUUGGAUGCCGGCGCUAUUGCCCUUCCUGCGGGCUGCGCCGUCUGCAUCGGUCUGGGUGCUGGUCUUCUCAAAGACGGCGAGAUUGGUAUUUCCGCCAGCAAUCGGAACUUCAAGGGUAGAAUGGGUUCGCCGGAUGCCAAGGCUUAUCUGGCCAGCCCCGAGGUCGUUGCCGCCAGUGCCCUGAACGGUAUCAUCAGUGGCCCCGGUAUCUACAAGCGUCCCGAGGACUGGUCCGGCGUCUCGCUAGGAGAAGGCGAGGUCGUUGAGUCUGGCAACCGCAUCGACACGACUCUGGAGACCAUGGAGAAGUUCCUUGGACAGUUGGACAGCAUGAUCGAGUCGUCCAGCAAGGCUGUGAUGCCGGAAGAGUCGACCAGCGAAACCACUGAAAUCGACAUUGUCCCUGGCUUCCCGGAGAAGGUCGAGGGCGAGAUCCUCUUCCUCGAUGCCGACAACAUCAGCACUGAUGGCAUCUACCCUGGCAAAUAUACCUACCAAGACGAUGUCAGCAAGGAGAAGAUGGCGCAGGUCUGCAUGGAGAACUACGAUCCAGCCUUUAACAACGUUGCCCGCGCUGGCGACAUCUUCGUCUCCGGCUUCAACUUCGGCUGCGGCUCCUCCCGCGAGCAGGCCGCCACCUCCAUCCUCGCCAAGCAACUCCCUCUGGUCGUCUGCGGCAGCAUCGGCAACACCUUCAGCCGCAACGCCGUCAACAACGCCCUCCCGCUCCUCGAGAUGCCCCGCCUCGUCGAGCGCCUCCGCGAGGCCUUCGGCAACGACAAGCAGCCCACCCGCCGCACCGGCUGGUCUUUCACCUGGAACGUGCGCACCUCGCAGGUCACCGUCCAGGAGGGACCCGGCGGCGAGACCUGGACGCAGAGCGUGCCUGCUCUCCCUCCGAACCUGCAGGACAUCAUCGCACAGGGCGGCCUGGAGAAGUGGGUGAAGAAGGAGAUCUCCAAGGCGUAG